AUGAGUUCAUCAGAUCAGUCCCCAGAGAGAAGGCAGCAGGACACAGUGAUCGUGGAGGACAUCACGCACGAAGAGGACAUCAAGCGGCUGUUGAGGACAAUGGCGGAUCAUCAGAUCAGCCUCUAUGUUCGCAUGGGAGAGGUGAAAGAAACACUCCAAGAGAUGGCCAAAAGGAACAGUGACGAUCUGAGGUCACUAAUGGAGCUGAUGAAGGCAACCCUAGCGCCUCAAGGGCUGCCCGCACCACCGCAGCAGGCGGGAGAAGCGGCAGCGGGGACCAAGGUGAUCGCCGCCACGGCGAAUACGCCGGCGGUACCAACCGAGGCGAUGAUGGCGGCCGCGGGGUCGCCAGGGGCGAUGGCGGGGCGGCAGCUCGCGGGAGGAGGCACGCACGGCGGUGGCGGCGAGGGCGCUGAUCCUCAGGGAGGCGCUGCGAGGCGUGCGGGCCCAGGGUCGGGCCAGGGCAAUCAUGGGCCGGGUCUGCUACCAACUCCGACAGCUCAGGAGAUGGCGGCAAGGCGCGGGAAGGCCAAGAUGCCGGGCUACGAUUCGGUGGAGAUGGAAUUCGAGCCCAUGGAUCAAGAAACGGGGCGAGGUCGGACCCAGAGUAAUCGUGGGCCGAAUGAGAGGCGAGCCGUCUGGGCCCGAAGUGCUGAAGAGAUGAGCCUGAUUGACCAAGCCCGAGAGUGGGCCGAACCGGAAUCUCAGAGGGGCCCAAGACGCGGCGACCGGCCGCCGGAUCGGUCGAAAAUGGGUGAUGGUUGGUUGAACCACGAGGGGCGACCCUGA